AUUCGUUUUCGCUGCUUCCCUCCAAUUUCUGUCAUUUUCUUCCCAUCUCUUUUACUUUCUAUUCUGGUGAACAGGCUCUAGUGGAGGAGGUGUAGCGGUAGAGUACGGCAAGAGCUAUGGAUAGACCUCCAAUCUUUCUCGGCGACCUGCUUCUGAUGCUUCUGAUGCUUUGCUCCUUAACUAUCGCUUCUGCUUCCUCAAGCCUUCAAGGUUUCAGUCACAUUGAGGAACAACUCCGGCGAAAUCUGCUCGCUAACGGCCUCGGUGUCACUCCUCCCAUGGGGUGGAACAGUUGGAAUCAUUUCGCUUGUCAAAUUGACGAAAAGGUCAUUCGAGAAACUGCGGAUGCUCUUGUUGCGACUGGCUUGUCCAAGCUUGGAUACACCUAUGUCAACAUAGAUGAUUGUUGGGCUGAAUCGUCUCGAGAUGGCAAGGGAAAUCUAGUGGCAAAGAAGUCAACUUUUCCUUCUGGCAUUAAAGCUCUUGCGGAUUACGUUCACAGCAAAGGUCUUAAGCUUGGGAUCUAUUCGGAUGCUGGGUAUUUCACUUGUAGCAAAAAGAUGCCUGGCUCACUCCAUCACGAGGAGCAAGAUGCAAAAACAUUUGCAUCAUGGGGUAUUGAUUACUUGAAGUAUGAUAACUGUAACAAUGGUGGAACCAGGCCAACAGUUAGAUACCCUAUUAUGACUCGAGCUUUAUUAAAGGCUGGCCGUCCAAUCUUCUUCUCUCUGUGUGAAUGGGGAGAUCUGCACCCUGCUUUGUGGGGUGCUAAAGUGGGAAAUAGCUGGAGAACAACAAAUGACAUAAAUGAUUCAUGGGAUAGUAUGAUAUCCAGGGCAGACAUGAAUGAAGUUUAUGCUGAUCUAGCAAGACCUGGUGGCUGGAAUGACCCUGACAUGCUUGAGGUGGGAAAUGGAGGGAUGACCACGAAUGAAUAUAUCGUUCACUUCAGUCUAUGGGCCCUUUCCAAGGCUCCACUUCUUCUGGGUUGUGAUGUUCGGAAUAUGACUAAAGAGACUCAAAUGAUAAUCUCGAACCAGGAGGUUAUCGCAGUUAACCAAGAUUCACUCGGUGUGCAAGGUAAAAAAGUUAGGAUGGAAGGUGAUAUUGAGAUAUGGGCAGGUCCUCUCUCUAAAAACAGAGUAGUAGUUGUGCUGCUCAAUCGCGGCCCCGUGCGUUACUCCAUCACUGCCCUGUGGGACGACAUCGGCAUUCCUCCAAAAAGUGUUGUGGAAGCAAGAGAUCUUUGGGAGUAAUUGAAUUAUUUAGGCUGUGGCGGCUGGGUGCUCUCCGGUGACAGCAGUGAUGGAUCCAGAAUGAUAAACAGAAUGGGCUAAAUUUCAAAUAAGAUGAAACUUGGCGGGCCCAAAAAACAAUUUUUAUCAAUUUUUAUAAAACAUUCUCAUAAUUUUCGCAGGGAUGUAAUUUUUUUUUUUUUGGCCGACUAUAGAUUUGUCUCUAGGUGGCAGGGGCGGUCUAGAGCUCUAGUGAGCGGAAGUGAAUGAAUUAUAUUUUUCUGAAAAAAGAAGACAAGAUAAAGGUGUUUUUUGUAAUUGUAUAAAUAAACUUAUUUAAAUUUAAUGGCCUAGAUGUAAUAGGCUCUUAAUUAAACGUUAUUUUGUAUCAUUAUUGUACUGUUUGACAUGAAGGAAGUUGUGAAUG